AUGGAUCGACUUCUGCGGUUGAGUGGAUUUCCGAAUUUUGUUUCACGUGCAACUCCAGAGGAUGUUUUGCGUCAUCCAGACACCGGUGAGAUUGUUUACAUAUCAUCGCUUGCUCUGCUCAAAAUGCUUCGUCACGGACGUGCCGGUGUUCCGAUGGAGGUGAUGGGUUUAAUGCUCGGCGAAUUUAUUGAUGAUUACACGGUGAAUGUUGUGGAUGUUUUUGCAAUGCCUCAGUCUGGAACGGGAGUAUCAGUGGAGGCCGUAGAUCCAGUGUAUCAAANAGCGAACGAGCCAUUGCUGUUGUUGUUGAUCCGAUACAGUCUGUCAAAGGAAAGGUUCAUUCUUCAUUUUUACUGCUUAUGGAACGUGACUUAUCUUGUCUUGAACUCGGAGGAUGUUGUUAUUGAUGCGUUUCGAACGAUCGGUAUGCAAGCAAUGGACGUUGGAUUUCCAGAAGGCUCUCAGAAGACUUUCACACCAACUGAGGAAGCACGACAGACAACGUCGAAUCUGGGCCACUUAGUGAAGCAUACAGUUGUUGAAGCACUCCAUGGACUUGGACGGACGUUGGUUUCAUUUAGCUUGUUUUUGUGGAUGUGGCUUGUGUUACUGUUCAAAAGCAGAUGGGUGCAGUCAUGA